ACCACGCCUCCCACUCAGUGACCCUGUCGCCUUCACCUCCUCUUUCCCCCUCUACCGCAAUGUCUAAACGUCAAAGACCUUCGUCACCUAUACCCAUAUCACCAGAGACGCAACUAGAGGAUGAAACAUCCUCCGGGAAUGUCUACGAGCCAGACACUAAAAGGCGCAGAUACUUCGCACCAAUAACCCCUGGUGAUCGUCAGUCUACAUCGGACGGAGGAGACGAGUAUGAUAGUGAGGAUAGUGAACUCAGGGAAGGACAAUCCAAUAGCCGAAGAAAAUAUUUAGGUGGACUGCGGGAGUGGCAGGCUGACGCAGGCGUUUACAAAGAUGCAAACAUUUUAUUGCAUGAUCUGCAUGCCGAGCAAAGACAUCGGAUGUUGUUUUCGACGACUUCAUCGACGUCUACUGCGUUUGCGACGCAUUCACAUUCACCACCCUCAUCGCCUCACUACAUCCAUGCGGCUAAAGAUAGUAUUUCCAAGCCAGCGUCAUAUUUCAGUCCGACUCCUGGCUUCAACUCGGCCCAGCCUGAGCAGAUAGAAACACAAACCGUCACCCAUCGCUACGAGGGUUCCAACCGUCUCCUGAGGUCCCUAUUCUUGAAUCGAAGACAAGGGCUGCAGCCCCGCGACCAAUCAUAGUACCCUCAGCUAUGACCAUCAUCGUUGCGACCUCAUCAUUCAUUGUUACUUCUCUUCCCCUCUAUCCAUUGCUUCCUUAUCUUCUAUCUUCCUAUCGCUUUCCAUCCACCAUCGUGCAUUCAUUGAUUUCACAUUUCACCACGACACAUUCUCUCAUUUGCAUUGUAUUAUAUCAUAUCGCAGCACUCGGACCUAUUUGUCAUUGCAUAAUCUACGAGAUCGAAAGAUAUACACCUGGAACUUUUGGGGCAUCU